AGCUCGGUCGUGGCCAGGACCCAUGGAGGAGUCAGAUGAGGAUGAGGAGGACAAUGAAGAGUUCCUGGAGCGGCUGAUGGCUCGCACGGGGCAGGAGGUGCCCCAGCAAGAGCUGGAGGACCACUACGCCGUGCUGGAGGAGCUGGGCAGCGGCACCUACGGGCGAGUGGUGCUGACGGAGCCCCGCGAUGGGGGCUCAGCGGUGGUCCUGAAGCUGCUGCUGAAGGAGAAGACUUCUCGGCAAGGGUUCCUGCGGGAGUACUGCAUCGGGCGCUGCCUGGCUGGGCACGGUGCCUGCCUGCGGGCACUGCCCCUUGCCUUCGAGACCGCCACACACUUCGCCUUUGCGCAGGAGCUGGCACCCGCCGGGGACCUCUGUGCCCUGCUCAGCCCCGGGGAGGGGCUGGCAGAGGAGCUGGUGAAACGCUGUGCCCAGCAGCUGGCACAGGCCCUGGACUUCAUGCACAGCCACGGCCUGGUGCACCGUGAUGUGAAGCUGGACAACGUCCUCCUCUUCGACCCCCAGUGCCAGAGGGUGAAGCUGGGUGACUUUGGGCUGACCAGGGUGCAGGGCUCGCCUGUGGGGGCCAUGUCUGGCACCCUGCCCUAUGCCCCCCCCGAGCUCUGCCAGCUGCAGGGCUCUGAGAUGCUGGAGCUGGACUCCAGCCUGGACGUCUGGGCCUUCGCUGUCCUCCUCUUCUGCCUCUGCACAGGUUGCUUCCCCUGGGCCCUGGCUGCCAGCUCUGACCCCCAGUUCCAGGACUUCAGCGCCUGGCAGGAGGGGGUGGAGGGGCAGGGGGUGCCAGUAGCCUGGCAGAGCUUCAGCUCUGGGGCGCUGGAGAUGUUCCAGCGCCUGCUGCAGCUGGACCCUGACCGGCGCAGCCCUGCCAUGGAGGUGCAGAAGUACCUGGCCCUGCCCUGGCUGGCAACUGCCAGUGCCACAGAGGUGCCACCCAGCAGCCCCCAGUCCCCCCUGAGCGGUGGCAUCAGGGAGAGCCCAGGGGGCAGCGGGGGCAUGGGUGGGGCAGAUGGGGUCCUCAUGCCCCCUGCCAGUGCCCUGGCCCCCUGCUGGUAGCCAG